AUGCCGUUGUUGUUGAAAAAGAAAGUGCCGUUCAAGAAACCCAGGAAAUCCAAUGUACUGAGUGUUUCGUCGAGAUCACGAAGCUAUGCGGUUUUUGGAGAAAAUUCCACACCGCCUAGUCCCACCAUUUUGUUAAACGAUGUCGAUAUAAGGCAAAGCUAUUUGAAGCACCUUAAAAGUUCGCAGGAUUUGUUUGAGAGCGACAUAAAGGAUUUGAAUAGAUUGUCGCAGGAACAAGAAGUUUCAAAGGCUUCCAGCAGCAAGCAAAGAAAGAAAAAAAAGCCGAGUCUACUAUGUGGUAACAAAAAAACCGAAUCAAAAAACCACUUGAAAAUUGUGCUGGAAAGAAGCAAGGAAAUACAAGGGAAAGAGGAUUCAAGGAGCAGUUCUGAAAAUUUGUUUGAUGAUGCUAAUGUCAAGGGGGCUUAUGCCAAAUAUUUAAGGAGUUCAUAUAGUUUAUUUGAUGAUGAUAUCAGAGACUUGCAAAGCUUGUCUCAAUCCUCAAUCCCAGAUUCUGGGAUAAGUUCCAGAAAGUCUGGGAAAAAAAAUAAACCAAAGAAAGACAAAAAACGCAAACGGGUUAUGGAAAUUACCAAAAGUAUAUCUAUCAUGGAAACUUUUGAUGAUACCAGUUCAUCUCCUUCACCAAAAAGAAAGCAUAUUCAAGAAACUGAUCCAAAAGAGGCCAAUAAAGAACCACCUUAUGCCACCACAAACAUCCACAGUUUGUACAAUGCUGGAAGUAUUGUUUGGGCUAGAAUAGAUGGAUUCCCAUGGUGGCCUGCAAUGGUUGAUGAAGACCCAGAUUUCAAAAGUUAUUAUUGGAUUGAAGAAGGCAUCAAUAUACCGACUUGGUAUCAUGUUACCUUUUUUGAUUCGGCCUGUGUAACCAGGGCUUGGGUAAAACCAAAAGAUAUAAAGGCAAACAUCCUAAAUCUUACCCCAAAAUCCAAAUAUAAUAAGGUGUUCACAAAGCGUCUUGAUUAUUCUAUUAAAGAGGCAAAAAUAGCUAGCAGCAUGGAUUUACCUGAAAGAUUGAAGAUAUAUUGUUUUCUUUCGCGUUACAAGGGUAAAAUUGUUUCACCCAAAACUUGUUGA